AUGUCUAAAUUAAAUAGAGACGUUCUUUAUUUGAUAUUUGAAGAAUUACAAGAUAAUGAAAAAUCUCUUUGUUCAUGUCUUUUAGUUAAUAAAACUUGGUGUGAAACAAUUAUUCCAAUUUUAUGGAAAAAUCCUUGGAAAUUCUUAAAGGAGGGAAAAGAAAAAAUUCUAUUUAACAUAAUAAUUUCACAUUUAUCUGAUGAUAAUUUAAGUAAAAGUAUUGAAAAUUUAUAUCAAAAACCUUCAUUCAAUUAUAUUUAUUUUUGUAGAUAUUUAAAUUUUAAUCAUAUUGAAAACAUAAUUGAAACGAAUAUUUUACUUAAAAAUGAAAUAAUCAAACUUUUUAUUAAUGAAAAUAUGAAAUAUACACACCUUUAUAUACCCCAACAAUUUGAUUUUCAAUUAUAUCUCAUUCCUGGUUUCGAACAAUCCUUUUCAGAUAUUGAAUUCCUUAGCUGUAACACUAGAAUAAAUGAUAAUAUUUUAGUUGAAUUAACUAAAAUUUGUAAAUCGAUUAAAGAAUUGGAACUUUUUACUGAAGUUCGUAAUAAUAAUUAUGAGAUUAUUAGAUUAAUUGAAACACAAAAGAAAUUAUCAAAUAUUUAUUUUAUAAAUAAAUAUAUACGAAAUGAUGAAUCAUUUUGUAAAUCUCUUGAAAAUUCUUUGAUUAAACAUGCGAAUAAUAUUCAUUAUUUAAUGAUAACCAGACAACCUGCAACAAAGAUUCUUCCAUUAUUUAUUAAUUUAAAAAUAUUAGAAUUGCAAUGUAAUUCUCUUGAUAUAACAUGGAAUUGUUUAGAGAAUUUAUCAUUACCUUUCUUACAAAGUUUAAAGGCAAGUCGAGUUCCAAUCAAACCUUUAGCAAGUUUAAUUGAAAAUACGAGUGGACAUCUUACUUUAGUAAAAAUUGAUCAUAUACGUCAUGAUGAAAAAUAUAAUAAAAGAAUUAUUGAAGCUAUCUAUCAAAAUUGUCCUAACCUUAAAUAUCUUAAAUUAUUAUUUAAAAAUAGUAAUAUUUUAGAAUUAAAAAAUUUAUUAAUUAAUUGUAAAUAUUUGAUUGGUUUAUAUAUUAUUAUUGAUAAUAUGAGAGAUGUAUUUGAUUGUGAUAAUUUAUUUAAAAUUUUAACUGAUUCAUCACCUGUUAGUUUAUUUAAAUUUAAAUUUGCUUUUUAUUAUAGAAAAAUUAAACCAGAUUCCUUAAAAUUAUUUUUUGAUAAUUGGAAAGGUAGACAUCCUAUGAUAUUACAAUUAAGUCAAGGAGGUAAUGAUAUGGAAGAACAUUCUAAUUUGAUGGAUAAAUAUAAAACAGAAGGGAUAAUUGAAAAAUAUGAUGAUUAUUUGCAUGGUGAAGAUUUUGAAUGGAUUUAA